AUGACUUCCAGCGGCACCGUAAACGACGAGGAGUGGGCGCAGGCCGAAGGGGUACCGAAUCUAAGCGACCCGUUCAUCCAAAAGUACCUCCAAGGCAGGGAUGCACUGGUACAGCAAGAGAAGCGGCAGCGAAGUGGUUGGUCAACACUCAUGUCAUCAGACUAUCUAUUCCGCCAAAACCUCUCGCCCAUGGCACAGGAGGCAUGUGCGAUAGUCUCCCAAAUUAGGUUUGAGGAACAGCAAACACUGUGGACCAAGGAGUACGAGGACAGCCUGUUGACUGACCAUGUCGAUGUGUUUCCUGGAAUGAUGUUCUCGCUUGCAAAAGACCGCAUGGAGAAGAGCAAAUUAUGGCAGAUUGUGAAGAAGAUGCCCAAGGGCACACUGCUACAUUGUCAUCUAGAAGCAAUGGUAGACCUUGACUGGGUACUCCAGGAAGCCUUCGAUACUGCAGGCGUCUGUGUAAUCGCCGACGGUCCGAUUACAGAUGACAAGACGAGGCGGAAGACUGGGUUCUCCUUUACAUACUCCAAGGAUGCGAAAUCUGACACCUCGAUUUGGAAUGAAACUUAUGCUGCAAACACGCCUAUACCUGUCAACCAGGCGGCUGAUAGCUUCCCAGACGGUGGGAAGAAGGCUUUCAUUGAGUGGGUUCGCUCGCGCGUUACCAUAACGGCCUCUGAACAUCUCUCCCACCACGAGGGGCCCAACGAAGUAUGGCGCAAAUUCAUGUCAUGCUUCCCCAUCCUUGGCUCGCUCAUCUACUAUGAACCAAUUUUCAGAAAGUUCAUCCGGAAUAUGUGCAAGCAGCUACUCGAUGAUGGCGUGUACUAUGUAGAUAUGCGUUCAGCCUUUUACACGCCGUAUCGUAGCGCAGGCAAAGAAAAGUGGGACGACGACUGGUUCCACAUGCUCGAACAUACGGCGGAUGAGAUUGAAAAGUUCAAGGCAAGUGAAGAGGGCAAAGAGUUCUGGGGCGCGAGAAUAAUCUGGACAACCAUCAGGCAGUUCGGCAAGAAGGAGGUAAUUGAAAGCAUGAAGCAGUGCAUAGAAAUGAAGCUCGAAUUCCCCGAAAUCAUCGCUGGCUACGACUUGGUAGGCCAAGAGGACCUCGGCCGACCACUCUCCGACCUUGCGCCUGAGUUGUUCUGGUUCCGUAAAGCUUGCGCGCAAGAAGGUGUCGACAUACCCUUCUUCUUCCAUGCAGGCGAGACGCUUGGUGACGGUGAUUCUGUAGACGAGAACCUCUUCGACGCCAUCAUCCUCGGAACGCGGAGGAUCGGACACGGAUUCAGCUUAUACAAGCAUCCGCUACUGAUCGACAUGGUCAAAGAGAAGAGGAUUCUAGUCGAGAGCUGUCCAGUGUCCAACGAAGUGCUGCGCCUAUGUGGCAGUAUCAUGUCUCAUCCCUUGCCAGCACUACUAGCUCGCGGCGUACCCUGCUCACUCUGCAAUGAUGACCCCACCAUUCUCGGUCAAGGCAAGUCUGGCAUGUCGCAUGACUUUUGGCAGGCGCUGCAAGGUUGGGAGAAUCUGGGUCUGGAGGGCUUGGGUUCGCUGGCAGAGAACAGUGUCCGGUGGGCUAGUUUAGACGACUACAGUGCAAAAGACUGGACGCAGGACAUCAAAGACGGUAUGUUCGGCAAGGGCAUACGAGCACAGAGGCUUAAGGAAUGGGUCAGUAAAUGGGAGAAGUUCUGUGCAUGGAUCGUGGAAGAGUAUGGUGUUGAUGAGAACCUCGAGCCUGAAGAGUAG